AUGUGUAAACCAGAUCAAUAUCACAGCUUAUACAAGCAUCACUUCUUAUCGCCGGAGCUCAGGGAUCUACUCCGUAAUGCGCGAUCCGCGGUAAUUCAAGUCAGUGAUCGUCUCCGGCGAUUCUCACUGGAUCCGAUUAUGGCCAGACUUGUUCUAUCGCUGAUCACUUUGUUAAUUUUGCAAUCGGUUUGGGUUACGAUUGCAUUUGAGUCGAAACAUGUUGAAGAAUUCAGCGAAGAACUGCUGUUGAAGCCUUUGCCUGAUCGGAAAGUUUUAGCUCAUUUCCAUUUCGAGAAUCGAGCUCCUCCUUCAAACUCCCAUGGUCGUCAUCACCAUCUCUUCCCGAAAGCUAUUUCUCAGUUGGUUCAGAAGUUUCGGGUCAAGGAGAUGGAACUAUCUUUCACUCAGGGUCGUUGGAACCAUGAACACUGGGGAGGGUUUGACCCGCUUUCAAGCAUGAACGCGAAGCCUGUUGGGGUGGAGCUUUGGGCUGAGUUUGAUGUUCCUCAGUCUCAGGUUGAUACUUCGUGGAAGAACUUAACCCAUGCACUGUCAGGGCUUUUCUGUGCUUCAAUCAACUUUCUAGAAUCGUCGACUUCGUAUGCGGCUCCUACAUGGGGGUUCGGGGUAAACUCAGACAAGCUGCGGUAUGGUUCACUGCCACGUGAAGCUGUUUGCACUGAGAACUUGACCCCGUGGCUAAAGCUGCUGCCGUGUAGAGACAGGGAUGGAAUUUCUGCGUUAAUGAAUAGGCCAUCUGUUUACAGAGGGUUUUAUCAUUCUCAGAGAUUGCAUUUAUCCACUGUUGAAUCUGGUGAAGAGGGAUUGGGUUCUGGGAUAAUGCUCGAGCAGACUCUUACUGUUGUUCUUCAGCCAGACUCUAUUUCUGGUGAAGCAAAUAUACAGCCAAGUUGGUCACUCAGCUCCCUCUUUGGGAGAAACAUAGUUGGAAGAUGUGUUCUUGCAAAGUCAAGUAAUGUUUAUCUUCAAUUAGAAGGUCUUCCUUCUCAUGAACUAAAGAACGUGGAUCCAGAAACGGAAGCGGACAAAUUCUGGAAGAACGCUGAAUUUGAAUUGUCCUUAAAGCCAGACAGGAUUCUUCGAGAAAUUAACAGCUUCCUUUAUAUGUUUGAUAUCGACAAAUCUAGUGACAGAGAGCCAUUUGAUCUUGGCCUUACUUGGAAGCUUCCCUCAAAGUGGUCAUGCCAACAAGCUCCAUUACAUUCGACUCGGUUUUUGAUGGGAAGUGGGAACGAAAGAGGUGCAAUAGCCAUCUUGUUAAAAGCAACAGAAUCGCAAGAAAAGUUAUCGGGCGAAGAUCUCACUAAUGGCCGCUGUACAAUAAAAGCUAACAUUUUCCAGAUAUUCCCAUGGUAUGUUAAGGUUUAUUAUCAUACUCUACAAAUCUUUGUGGAUCAGCAACAGAAGCCAGGCAGUGAGGUCUUAAAGAAGAUUAAUGUCUCACCAUCUACUGAUAAGGUGUCAUCUGGCAUGAUGGAGAUGAUGCUGGAACUACCAUGUGAAGUGAAAUCUGCUGCCAUAUCCAUAGAAUAUGAUAAGGGUUUUCUACAUAUAGAUGAAUAUCCACCUGAUGCUAAUCAAGGAUUUGACAUUCCUUCGGCUUUGAUAAGCUUCCCUAAUCAUCAUGCAAGUUUAGAUUUCAAAGAAGAACUCAGCAAAUCGCCUUUAUUAUCAAAGUUCAAGGAAAAGUCAUUAGUACGCUCUUACACAGAAGUAUUGCUCGUACCUUUGACAACCCCUGAUUUUAGCAUGCCUUACAACGUAAUCACCAUCACUUGCACCGUUUUUGCAUUGUAUUUCGGAUCGUUGCUCAAUGUUCUCCGUAGACGAAUAGGUGAAGAGGAAAGGUAUCUCAAAAGCCAAGCAGGAAAGAGAACUGGUAAACUUAAGCAGUUGUUAUCAAGACUCAAAGCCAAGAUUAGGGGAAGACCAAUUGAAGAAGCACCAUCAUCAUCAACUGAGUCACAAACCGAAGUUCAAUCUUCGGUCUUUUCUAGUAAACUUCUCUUCAAAAUCAUAUUAGUUGCAGGAGCUGCUGCGGCAUGGCAGUAUUUUUCCACGGACAAGUAG